AUGUCCCGCUCGACGGCAUCCAAUCAACAGCGACGGCAAAGAUCAAGGUCUACCACACGCUAUGCCGACCUAGAGAAACCCAAGAAGAAAAAGACACUCAGCUCGACGAGUUUAGUUUCGAUACCCAACACCAUAAAGUUAAGCAUGUUAAAUAGCGGUUUGCUGUCACUAGAUAAAGUAAAACUAUCCGCACGAGAUGAAAAAAACCCACUAUCGCAGACGAUGCCCGACAAACCGACCGAACUGCGACACUUUGCGAAGCUGUGCGAACAGCGGCGCAAGUUUCCGAUACUGUACAAGCUCGAAUUCCAGACGGCUGUGAAGGUUGAAACCAACUCGUGCAAGCACGCCCUGCGCAAAGCCAAUGCACUCAAGAACCAGAACCCCAAAUGCAUUCCAUACGAUUACAAUAGGGUUGUUUUAGACAAGUACGACAACACACCGGACUCGGACUACAUCAAUGCGUCGUACGUGGAUAGUUUACUUAAGCCAAACGCGUAUAUCGUAACGCAGGGACCAACGGAGGAUACGGUGCUAGAUUUUUGGAGGAUGGUUUGGCAAGAGAACUGUAGCGCUAUUGUGAUGCUCACGAAGACGUUCGACUUUACUAAGGUUAUGUGUGUUCAGUACUGGCCACCGAACAAUGAGAAGGAAGAAAUCUACGGCGAUAUGCACAUCACGAUACAGUCCGAGGAGGAGCUAGCCAAUUUUCACAUAAGAACGUUUAGGCUGUUUAAACUCAAUAAAGAUAACGUAGUUGCGGAGGAGCGAUUUUUACUACAGUUUCACUACACCGAAUGGCAUUCACAUACCUGCCCUUUUUCCAAUGCAAUUCUCGAGUUCCGCCGGCGGGUGCGCGCCGUCGUCGGGACAAUCAUCAAAGCGAACAGCAGGAUCGGUCCGAUGCUGGUACACUGCAAUGACGGUGGUGGUCGAUCGGGCGUGUAUUUAGCGAUCGAUGCCAACAUGGAGCUGGCCGAGGAGGAAGACUCGUUUCACGUGUUCGGCUACCUGAAGAAGCUACGCCAGUCGAGGAAAGGCCUUAUAGAAAACGUGGACCAAUACAAAUUCGUAUACGACACGCUGGAGGAGUUCAUUAUCUGCGGCAAUUCGUGGUUUCCGGUGAAGGAGCUGUCGCAGCGAUUGAAGGAGAAAAGCCUGAAGGAUCCGCUCACCAAGAUGAACUCGUACCAGCGGGAGUAUGCCCAGAUCUGCAAGCAGACGCCCCGCUUCACCAUCGGCGACUGUGCCGGUGGCCACCGGGGUGACAAUCGGGAAAAGAAUCGCGACGUCCUUUGCGUACCACCUGACAACUUCCGUCCUUACCUUAGCUCGUUUCAGGGAAAUUCAUUUACCGACUACAUUAACGCCGUGUUCGUUGACGGCUACACGAAACCGCGCGAGUACAUCGUCACGGAAUGGCCCCUCCAGAAGACGUGCGGUGAAUUCUGGUCCCUCGUUUACGAUCACGAAUGUGCUGCCGUCGUCGUGCUUUGCCAGCCACCGCACAACUCGCAACAAUAUCCCGCCUUCUGGCCCGAGGGUCGCCACUCGAAAAAGUACGGACCGGUGUUUACCAUCGAUCACAUCUCGCACCAGCACUAUUCCAACAUCAAGUCGUGGAUCUUCCGGAUCAACAAGAAGGUCAUCUCGCUGACGGAGCUGAUGGCGGGCGUAAAAGCACCCCCGAGAACGGUGCAACUCUUCCAGCUCACCUGUUGGCCGAUGGGUCAUAAGGUACCGACGUCGACAAACUCGCUGGUCGAGCUGAUGAAUAUGGUCGAACGUUGGAGGCAAAAAACGGACUACGGUCCCGUCUGUGUGGUGUCACCUGACGGCCGUAGCCGCGCAGGUGUGUACUGUGCGGCCAACGCCUGUAUAGAGCAGGUCAUCCAGCAUGGGGAAGUGGACGUUUUUCAGGCUGUGAAAACUGUGCGAAGGCAUCGACCGCAACUCGUCGAUAACAUGACUGAAUACAAGUACUGCUAUGAUCUGGUGCUGCACUACGUGUUGCACUACCUGAAUAAAGACUUGAAAGAAAAGAAGUGA